AGAAGGAAAAAAAAACUCAUCGGCUAAUCUAUCUUAGCUUAUAAAUAUAUAGUGCACAAACCCUUGAAUAUUCAACUACACACCAUUUCUAUUUAUAAAAUGGCAGCUAUUCUAUUAUUUUUUACAAUCAUCUCCAUUUACCCACUUAACCCGAAACCCUUAUUUUCCGAGACAUCGCCUCCCUAUAUUAGUCAAAACCGCUAUCGAACCAACGGCUUAACGUCAAUAAUAUCAUGCAAAGUGGGAGGAAAUGAUGAUUCCCAUAGCCCUAAAAGAACCAACAGUAUCAAUGAUGAAAACAGUUUUAUGUUGAAUAGAAGAAACAUUCUAGUCGGGUUAGGAAGCUUAUGUGGAGGUACUACCACUACAUUUCCUAGUGGGUCUAACACCCUGUUUGCAGCCCCUGUUUCCAUUGAUUUUUCUAGUUGUGACUCCACAGACGAUACUGCUGGUCACCAGUGCUGCCCUCCAACGCCAAGAAACAUAGUCGAUUUUAAGCCUGACAGCAACCAAGUGUUAAGGCUUCGUCCUGCUGCUCAUUUAGUGAAUGACGAAUACUUGGACAAGUAUUCAAAGGCUAUAAACAUGAUGAAGAACCUCCCUGAAGAUGACCCGCGUAACUUCUUUCAACAAGCCAAUAUCCAUUGUGCAUUUUGUGAGGGAGGACAUUAUCAUCAACUAGGGUUUCCAAAUUUGGAUUUUCUUGUACACCAUUCUUGGUUAUUUUUCCCUUUCCAUAGGUGCUUUCUCUACUUCUAUGAAAGGAUUUUGGGUAAAUUAAUUGAUGACCCAUCUUUCGCUUUGCCUUUUUGGAAUUGGGAUCACCCUGAUGGCAUGUAUAUGCCCUCUAUGUACACCAAUCCAAGUUCUUCCUUGUAUGACCCACUUCGUCAUCAUUCUCACCUACCCCCGACCUUAAUUGAUCUUUCCUAUGACGGGAUCGAUAACAACGAUGACCUUACCCCAAAACAGUUGAUAGCCUCAAAUCUAGCCAUUAUGCACCGCCAAAUGGUGUCGAAUUCCAAGAAUCCAACAUCCUUUUUCGGUCAGGCUUAUCGAGCAGGUGACGAGCAACCAAAAGGAUCAGGGACAAUUGAGAUAAUGCCGCAUAAUACAGUCCAUAGAUGGACAGGUGAUCCAACUCAACCAAAUAGAGAGGAUAUGGGCACCUUAUAUGCUGCAGCUCGGGACCCAAUUUUCUUUGCCCACCAUGCCAACGUGGACAGGAUGUGGACGAUAUGGAAAACGCUAGGGGGUAAGAGGAAGGACAUUCAAGAUCCAGAUUGGCUAAAUGUUUCAUUUCUUUUCUACGACGAAAAUGCCCAACCAGUACGCAUUAGAAUUCGAGAUUGCUUGGAUAACAAGAAACUCGGGUAUGUAUACCAAGAUGUUGAUAUUCCAUGGAUUAAUCAAAAACCUAAUAAUGCAUCUAAGUUUAGGCCUUCCACAACAUCAAGGAUUACGUUUCCUACAAGGUUAGACUCCACUAUACGAACACGAGUGGUGAGGCAACAAACGUCGAGGACCAAGAAGCAGAAAGAAGAUGAAGAAGAGGUGCUAACGAUUAACGUAGAGCUGUUGCGGGUGGAUAUGUUUAUCAAAUUUGAUGUAUACAUAAAUGAAGAAGAUGAUUAUCCUAGGAAGAUGAGCCGUUUGAACACCGAGUAUGCAGGAAGUUUUGUGAGCUUGCCGGACUCACACAGACAGCGUAAAACUACUAAAAAGACUAGCUUCAUGCUGGGGCUUACAGAUUUGCUUCAAGAUCUAGGAGUAGAUGGCGACGAUAGCAUCAUGGUGGUUAUGGUUCCAAUAGCAGGAUCAGAGUCACUUAUCCUCACCGAUGUCAAGAUUGAGUUCAUUUCUUGAUUUAUGCUACUUUUAUGUUCUAUAUCUCGUUACCAUGUACUUGUAAUAUUCCCAAAAAAUGUACAGUUGUAGGUAAAAGAUUGAGUUCAUAUCUUGAUGUUGAGAGCCACAAACUUUAAAUUUUUAAUUACUAUUAUUACAUUACUUAUAUUAGAAUUUUAUAUAAUAUUGACAAUGAUUAUCAUCCUUUACAUAUAUAGGUAAAGAGAAGCUAUAUAUAUAUAUAUAUAUGUAACAUGUUUAUUUCUUUAUUGUAAUACAUAGAAAAAUGAAGAAGAAAAAGGGGAGAAAUUAAGAGAGAAAGAAAAGGAGAUAUUAAGGAGAAUAAAGUUUUAUAUUUGAAAGACAUAUAUAUUUACGAGAGAAAUAUAUUUUUUUGUUAUCCUGGAUUGUAACCCAUAUUUGUUUCUCCUUUGUAUAAUGCUUAUUUGAGUUAGCAAUUCGUAAAUUGUAUAACUCCUACAUUUGGUAUCAGAGCGAGGUAAUUUUUUUUCAAAAUGUCUACUAACUUUGUUCAGCCACAAGUACCCCAAUUAUCCAAAGACCAAUAUGAACAUUGGUGUAUUAAAAUGAAAGCAUUAUUUGGUUCCCAAGAUUUAUGGGAAGUUGUAAGCGACGGUUUUGAAGAACCGACACAAGAGGAAAAAGCCUCAUAUAUUAAAUCGUCAUGUGCUUCCCUUCAAGUGCGGCUCAUUUAUUAAAUUGGCAGCACUUGAUAGCACAAAAAAAUAAAGAAAAAAUACAUAUUUACAAGUGCGGGCCCCUUUUAAAAAAUUGGCAGCACUUGAGUUCAAGUGCGGGGUUAAAACUCAAGUGCGGGCUCAUUUUACAACGAGCAACACAAAAUAUAUUUCUAAGUUUUUUUACCAAAUACUUUCAUCUCCCGCCUCUCCUCCUCCUUCUCUGGUUACUGCUUAUGCCUCAAACAUUUUCUCAUUUUCUCGCUGCUCUCUCCUUCUCCAUCCCUUCCCCUCUCUGGUUUCUAUGCUCCUUCCCCUCUCUGGAUUUCUGGGUGCGAAAUUCAAAAUUCACAGCACACACCGCACGACUAGCCGCGUCCGUUGCUGUUCCCCACCGUCGCGUCGACGCUACUGUUCCCCCACCGCCGCGUCGCCGCUGUUGUUCGCCCACCACCGAAUUCAUCCUCUUCCUGCCGUCGCCGAAGCACACACACGUAGCUCCUCCUUAUCGCUUAUAGAGUUGGAAGGACAACCAAGAGAAGUUUGAAAUUACUUUCUGGAAAAUUCAAGACCAAUCUUAUAUUGUCCAUGGUUGAUAGAAAAGGUUUGGAAACCCGAAAGUUCGGAAGGUGGUUGAUCGAUGUGUACCGGAUCAUCUCGUGGAAUAUAUACUUAGAGUUGCAUCCUGAUGUUUUAGAUUCCAUCCUUUCAAAGGCUUUGAAUGCGCUAAAGGCGGCUCUGGCUGCCAAAAGGGCUAGGGAGCUAGUGAGACAGAAGAGUGUCCUAAGGUCAUCUUCUCUUCCUGGAAAACUUUCUGAUUGCUCUGCCACAAAUCCUGAGGAAGCAGGUUUGAUAGUAAAGCUGGAUUCUGUCGUGGUCGACUAGUCGUUUUUGAAGAAGUCAAACUGCAGUAGAAAACUCAGAACAAAGUAUAUACUGGAGAAAACAAUAUGCGAAAGAUGUGUAGUUUUAUCUCACUAGGUCUUCACAGGUGAAAGUGUUCGGAUGCAUAUUCAGAUACAAUGUUGGGUUACGCCAACAACAUACGCACAGUUGAUGGUGGUACACACAUCGAUGGCUUCAAGGCUUCAUUGACAAGAACUCUGAAUAGUUUGGCAAAGAAAUCAAAGGCUAACAAGGUUUUCAAUAAUCCGAGGGAGCGGCUUUUCACCUUUGAGGAGAUAGAUGAAGUUCGAGAAAUGUUCGCAAACUUCAUUACCAGUGACUGUCUUUGAUAUUUUCUUGUACUGAAUCUUAAAUUAUGGAUGCUAGUUUUCAUAUGAUUGUAAUGUAAUCGACUUUUAUAUUUACAAUUAUAUACUAUUUAAUUUAAUUAUCUAUAUAAUUGGAUACUUUUU